AUGGAGUGCUUCAAGGAAGAUGUAUGCAAAGCUUGGUGGGGAUCGAAUAGCGUCGAUUUCGCUGUCCGGAUGGCCGACGGAAGAUCGGGAGGAAUUGCCAGUGUGUGGAAUAGAGAGGUUUUUGAGGCAUCAAGCACUUGGAAUGUACCAGGAGCGGUGAUCGUCAACGGAGUUUGGAAACAAGAGGGUGGGUUGAUGGAGAUUCGUACCCAAGGGAGGAAGUAUACUUGGUAUCAGCCAAGUGGAGCCUGUAAGAGCAAAUUGGACAGGUUUCUUGUCAAUGAGAAGUGGCUUAGAGUGUGGGCUUCAACCAGCAGUCGGGGGAUACAAAGAUUAGUGUCGGAUCAUUGCCCAAUAAUUCUCACAACCAAAUCAACGGAUUGGGGUCCGAGGCCAUUUCGCUUCAUCAAUGCGUGGACUUCCCAUCCAGAGUUCGCGCAGCUGGUGGAAAAAGUGUGGGGGGAGACAAAGUUGGAUGCUUUGGAUGAUACGCUCGGGUUAGAAGAGUCGGAAAUAAUCAGAAGGAAUGAAAUUAAAGCCAAUAUCUUUCUACAGAUGAAAAACAAGAUAAGCUUGCUACAUCAGAAAACAAACGGAAAAUGGCUUCGGGAAGGAGACCUCAAUACGAGUUUCUUUCAUCGAGUGAUUACGGGCCGAAGGAAGAUGAUUGAUUUCUCAGGGCUUUCCUUCAACAAUCAAUGGAUUUCAGAGCCGGAGAUAGUCAAGAGCAAAGUUAAGGAGCAUUUUCAACAGUUCUUCAAGAAAAGACAAAGGAAUCUGCCACGUUUUCCUUCAGAUUUCAUGGAAAGAAAAUUAGAUGACAAUGAUAGUAGAUGGCUCAUCCGACCCUUCGAGGAAAAAGAGAUCAAAGAAGCAAUCUGGAACAGCGACGGGAACAAAAGUCCGGGGCCGGACGGAUUUAAUUUCACAUUCUGGAAGGCCUCUUGGGACACUAUCAAAGGAGACCUCGUCCAGGUGAUGGCGGAAUUCCAUGCUAAUGGUAAAAUUCCAAGAGGGUGUAACACUUCGUUCGUGGUUCUCAUACCAAAAAAGCAAGAAGCAGGGUCAAUUGAAGAGUUCAGACCCAUCUCGUUGAUCAGCAGCCUUUAUAAGAUUAUUGCCAAGAUCCUCGCAAGGAGAUUGAAAGAAGUCAUGGGCUCAAUCAUUUCCGACAAUCAGAGCGCCUUCAUUUGUGGAAGAUUCAUUCUUGAUGGUGUAGUUAUACUGAACGAACUGAUUAAUGAGGCAAAAAAGAAAAGGCUCGGCAGAAUCUUUUUCAAGAUUGAUUUUGCAAAGGCCUAUGACUCGAUCGAAUGGGAUUUCAUUGACGCCAUGAUGGAAUUACUUAACUUCGAUCCUCAGUGGAGGAAGUGGAUUAAUGGCUGUCUCUCUUCCGCGUCGGCAAAUGUGUUGGUCAACGGAUCGCCGUCGGGGGAGUUUUCGAUGGAAAGAGGUCUACGCCAAGGAGAUCCGAUGUCUCCUUUUUUAUUCCUUAUUGCAGCUGAAGGACUCCAUUCGCUGAUUCAGAAAGCAACGUCAAAGCAAUUGUUAUUCCCUGCCGAAGUGGGGAGCGAGAAUGUGUUGAUUUCUCAUCUUCAAUACGCCGAUGACACAAUAUUUAUCCUUAAUGGUAGUGAGAGGAACGCAGCUGUUGUCAAGAAUAUUCUUCAUCUUUUCCAGUUUGUUUCGGGGUUGAAGGUGAAUUACGAAAAAAGCAAUUUGAUUGGAGUGGGGGUCGAGGAGGCGAAGAAAGUUGUAGACUGGAAGGUGAGGAAUUUGUCCUUAGCUGGUCGUAUUACCUUGGUUAAAGCGGUGUUGCAAGCCAUUCCUAUCUAUCAGCUCUCCUUCUCUCUCAUGCCUAAAACCAUUGUGAGACGUGUCAAUUCUAUCUUUGUCAAGUUUUUAUGGGGAGGGAAUGGUGAAUCGAAGUCUUUGGCUUGGAUUAAAUGGAGUGAUCUUUGUUCUAAAUUUGAUGAAGGUGGGUUGGGCUUUAGAAAUUUAGAGGAGUUUAAUCGAGUCUUGGUGGUGAAAUGGGUUUGGAGGUACCUUCAAGAAAGGGAGUCUCUGUGGGCAAGGGUGGUGAGAUCUAUUUUUGGGGAGGUGGAGUGGGGGGAGGAGGGUAGGUUGAGGUUGGGGAAGAGGCAUCCGAAGGGGGGAUGGUGGCCAAAGAUUGUUGAAGGCUGUGGGGGGUCGUCCGAGAAUUGGUUUGUUCAAAACCUAUCACGUCUAAUGGGUGAUGGGUUUGAUACCAAGUUCUGGGGAGACAGGUGGGUGGGACAAAAACCGUUACGUUUUGUCUUCCCUAGAUUGUUCCAGUUAUGUGGUAAUAAGGAGGCGUCCAUCGGGGAGUCGGGCAGGUGGGUUGAGGGUAAAUGGGAGUGGGAGUUUCUUUGGCGUAGGGAGCUGUUUGAGAGGGAGAGGGGGGCGAUCGAGUCCUUGAGCGAGUACUUGUCUGUUUUUGUUCCUUGUGCAGGUAAGAAGGAUAAGUGGACUUGGAAGGCGACUAAAGAUGGAGAAUUCUCGACAAAAUCUGCGUAUCAAAUUAUUGCAACUACAAUAACUGAAGAGCCCACAACAAACACUCCAGUAGAUCUUCUGGCAACGGUGUGGAAGUCGCCCAUCCCUCAUAAGGCCAAAGUCCACGCUUGGAGAUGUCUGAGAAACAGGUUAGCGACGUGCGAUAAUUUGAUUAAGAGAAACGUGGCAGUGAAUGUUGAGGAGUCUUGGUGUAAUGGGUGUGUGGCUAGUGAAGAGACAGCAAACCACUUGUUCCUGCACUGUCAUAAAGUUCAACAAGUGUGGGAUGAGAUCCAGAAGUGGAUUGGUAUCUCUUCAGCGAGACCCAUGAAGCUGGAGCAGCACUACAAUUGGUUCAUUCAUCUUGGGAAAGGAAAGAAGAGCGGUAACAUGCUCAAGGCGGUCUGGAUUUGCACGGUACCCCUGGUACCACAGUUAUCUUAA